AAACCGAGCCCGUCACACUCGACCCAGAGGGAGUGGGACGGAACAGUGAAUAAAUCGAGCUCCUCAUUGGGAACGCUAAACUGUCACAUGCAAGCAGUGGAGAAGCACUAUAAAUAUUACAAUAACUUCGCGAGCUGCUCGUGAAGAUUACCACCAACAUGACCAACUUUUGAAGACCUAUGUGGACUGUAUAAAAGCCUGUCGCCAAUCUCCCACAACAUCCAUGUGUAUCAUUUUUAUUAAAUUUGACCCCCGGCCUGCAUCAAAAACUGCAUACAGGCUAAUUUUGGCUGCAAACAGAGAUGAGUUCUACAAUAGACCAUCAAAGGCUGCAGACUUUUGGGGGACCAAUAGUGACAUUCUCAGUGGUCUAGACCUGGAAUUUGGAAAAGAGGGAGGAUCAUGGCUGGGGAUCAACAAGAAUGGGAAGCUAGCUGCAAUCACCAACUACCUGGAAGGACGGCCCAACCCAGAUGCCCAAGGACGAGGUUUCCUUGUUUCCAACUACCUUGUAGACAAGGACUUGGACUGCUACUCCUACCUAAAGAAGGUCUCUAUAGAAAGUCACCUGUAUAACGGCUUCAACAUUCUCACAGCAGAGUUUAAAGCCAAGCAAGAUCAUGUGUGUUACUAUGGAAACAGAGGCAGCACAGAACCCAUGCAUCUCAAAGCAGGAAUCUACAGCUUGAGUAAUUCGCUUCUGGACACCCCGUGGAAGAAACUGCUGAGAGGCAAGCGGCACUUCACCAGCAUUGUAAACAACCAGUCAUUGUCCUGUGAUGGACUGGUGCAAGAACUGCUGGGUGUGCUUAAUAAUGAAGAGAUGAAUUCACCUGAUCCCGCUCAAGAGAGCCAAGGUGAAGGUUACUGCAAGUCCAUGAUCCAGGCUGUGUCAGCCGUGUGUGUUCGCACUCCUGAUUAUGGCACAAGGACCAAUACAAUUAUCCUGAUUGAUGCGGAGGGGAACGUGACCUUCACAGAGCGCACCAUGCUUAAUUGUGACACAAACAACUGGUGUACCAGUUCUUUCCGAUUCAAGCUGCACACAUGAAGAAGUUAUGUAGGAAACUUCAUUUUGUGCCUCAGAGCCCAACUGCUUCUUGCUUUAUCAUCACCAAAUAAUCAUUUAGUGUCUGAGCCCCCUGUCACCAUAGCAACUCAGCAGCAUCUACCAGCAUGGCUAUUUCGUUUUUUAAUUAUUAUUAUUAAGCUGUAAAUGAUCUCUGAAAAUUAUUUAAAGGAUUGCCAAAGACAUUGUUUUUUGAUUCAACUUUUUAAAUUCUGCAAAUAUGUUGUGGCAUCAACUGCUGACAACAGCAUCAAUUAAGCAGUUGUAUAACCGUUGGAUGUAACUGCAUUUUUCUUUUAAACACACCUCGUAUUAUGAUUUGUCAAUUGUUAUUGGCGUUUAAUACAUCUGUUGAAAGUUAAAGAAAGGCAGCUUAGCAUAUGUCUUUUCUUUGCAACUCUAUAGCUAUUGAUUCACUUUACAUCAGCCAUGCGUUUACUUUGGGGAGGGGUAUGAUCCAUGUAAAAUGCAGGGAAUAAAACUUAAUUGUAUUGCAGACAGUA